UUCACAGGAGACAAGCCCCCACCAUGUGUGCUCUUUGCUUCCAAUGUACUUCAAUGCAUAAAACAGCGGUUUCUUUAAAAAGUAGCUGGAAAGCCGAUGCAUUUUCUCGGACACAUUCAAAAUUGAUAUCUCGGAGCUGGUGCUGUCCAGAGAAUUCGUUCCAAGAUGAUAAGUCGUGCGAACUCAGCGGUUAUACUUCGUAGCUUGAAAUGUGUGGCGUAAAGUAAUUAUUUAAAAUGCUAACUAGUGUAAAUACGUUAACUAUACAAUUGAACAUUUUGAUUUCUUGUAGAAGUAAUGGCCGCCUAAUCGAGUAAUUUACAUCAAGUGUUAGAAUUGUGCUGUCUUCCAUCUGCAAUCUUUAAAAAAUUUGGUGCACCUAGAAAAAAAAGAACACCCUGUAUAUUUAAACACGUGCGUUCAAUCUGCGUAAUUCUUUGAUUUCUACAAGGAAGGUUGUUGUUGUCCAGCGACCAAUUGCCAUUAUGCACCACACACAGAUGUUGGACAUGUUUUCACUGGCGAAUGCUUGGCGAACGUAAACUCGUAGGGCUCUAACGCUGCGCACACGUCCCACAUAAACCAGAAACUAGUUGUCGCACCAGAGCGAGCCGAAGUUGGCUUGCACAAAGUAUUCUUUCUCGAAAUACUUGUUGGCACCAGUGAACGACAUGGUGCCGUUGCACCUCUGUGUCAUCACUGCGCAUAUCGACGUCGUCGGCCUUUGCGUUUAGGAGUAAGCGUGCACACUCGUAUGGUACCGGCCCGUCCUGCAAGGCAGCAGGCGGCCGCAAAACUUGACCACCACUGACGCGUGGCCAAUAAGGAUAUAUCGCUGCCGGACCAAUCGUGAGCCAUCCCGCAAGAGAGCAGCCAGCACCCGCAAAGUGAGGGGAAGACGCAAAGAAAGCUUCUCUUUUAUGAAGCAGCUAAUUGGAAACGCUGAGGUUGAGGUUCAUUAGCUUUUCGAAUGCCCCGACGAAGCUUGGAGAUGCCAAGGUGCGUCGCGCGUCUUCACAUCAGUAGAAUACAAGCGUGCACCGAGCACUUCCCAAGCAGAUGGUAAAACGAGUGACGCGGGAACACGAGGAUAGGUUUGCUUUUUGAAUAGAGCAAACUGCAGCCCUUUUAGUUGCAUUCCUCUGUAUAAAGCUACGUGCAUGACAAUUCUUCCUAGCAUAAAGUGUCCUAUAUCUUGUGAAUUCUUGCAGAAUUAGUUUGGCUGAGUACGCACGCAUGCACGUUUGAAACUGCACGAUGAACGCUUAGGCGUGUGUGCGCGUGCCUGCUGUGAACAUUUUCUUUCUCUGUUUCUUAGCAAGGUCCCUUCCUGUUUUCCCAGUGCAGGGUAUCCAACCAGGUUUAGCCUGGUGUUGCUAAUGAGGCACCUGUCCCGAAUUUCCUGCUUCGUACUCAUGUUCGAAGCCAGCCCCUUAGCCAACUCGCGCUCACACAGCUGGUGCAAGCGGGCCUAAUCGUUAACGAUUAGUUAUGUGCCCCUGUCAACGUCUGGUGCAUCAUCGUCAGCACAGAAUGCUUGCUGGGGGCUGCAGUGCCCGAUAUCCAUAAGAACAAAAAAUGCGUAUAUUGAUGGGAUGAUAUGCGUCACAAGAAAUAAUAAAAAGAACACAAUUUUGAAUUAUCUGUGUUAAUGUAUUGGACUAACUUCUUCUGACACUGGCGCACGCUGUUGGGCUACAAUUUUGUGUGAUUUCUUGCGAUACUUUGGUGCAGUUCAUUCAUAAUUUGUGCGCGCGUUUUGUCAUAGAUACCAAUGUCUCCAUUGCAUUUCUCACUUCGACUACCGCCGAGCUUCGUUUCGAAUAAGAUGUAAAAAUGUAAAACUUCCAAAGAUAUGUAAGGAUUGAAGAAUCAGAAAGAAAAAAGAAAGCAAACCAUGUAUGCCUUCUUGUUCUUCUGGAAAGUUAGGUAACAUUGGAAACAAACUAUUAUUGCACGAAGAAAUAACGAUAACUCCAGGCGGGGGUCCAUGCAAAAUUUUUUUCUUUUUCCACUGGUUAUGUUCAGACGUAGAUUUUUUUACACAUAACAUAUAUUUAAGCUUUUUCACUAGCUCACAGCCACCUGAUGUAGUCCAGUGUUCAGUAGAAACUCACGUGGAGAGGAAAGAACAUAAUUGAUCCAAAGCAUAAAUUCGCCCAAGUAAAGCUUUUGGUGUACAAUUAAAGGACAAUAAAAGCAGGUUUUUUUUUUUUUCUAUCUUUCUUUCUAGCGAGAAUUAUUUUUGUUUUCCCGAGCCAUCGCAUCUCGGCUUUCCAGGUCCGUUUACCCAAUAAUGACCCGAUCUUCACUUUUUCUUGUCGGCACUAACGAAAAGGAAACUAAUGUAAGGGGCAACACAUUUACCGGAGAAUUGCUAUGAAGCGCUGCCGCAUUGCGUGCGAUUGUCUUCCAAUGCCGCCAGAUGGCACCACACCCCUGCGCGCUAUCAUCAUUGCGCGCUUGCGACAGCGACGCCGUGCCUCCCACCGCCGCCGCAGCUGGGUGCGCGUCGUCUGCGCGCCGCCGGCGUCGUCUGCACAAACCGUAGUCCAGACUCCGAGCGCCGAGCGCAGGUAGCAAGCGCGCCGGGCAGAGCGCGCACGCGUGUGUGCUUGUGGCGCCACUGCCGCUCUGCUUGUUCUUUAGAGACGUCGCGUGGCUCUGGUCGCUAAUUGUGGUCGCUUCCCGAAGGAGACGAGCAGCGCCGGCGUCCGUCAUCGUCGUGAAUGUGCUCGCAGUGACGUAGUCGUCGUGCACCCAGAAGCAGUGUGUCCUCUCAUAGCUCGGCGUGCGCGGGUGUCUAGAGGAAUGCAGGCCGCGGGCCGGCCUGCCGCAUCGUGUGCGGCGACGUGGCUUCGCGUCCCGCGGAUACAUCAUACAGGCGGCCUUCUUCGCACUUGGACUUGGCCGCGCAUUGUCGUUGUCGUCGUCACCGCCUGCGUCGCUGUCAACGCCGGAGAAGCAAGGCCAGAAGAGGGCCUCGACGGAAGGGCGCCCGAUGACGUCGUCGGCGGCAGUUCCUCCCUGCUCGAUGAGCGAUCAACAUGGCUUCCCGCCCACAAAUCACCAGACGGCGGAGGCAGCGGUGGCGGCCGAAGCCGGAACAGCUUGCCCGUGGCCCAGCAGCCGGCGUCCCACGGUGCUCGGGGUCCCGGUCGGCUCUUGCUCCUUCCGGGAGGCAGCAUGGCCCGCGGCCUUAGCCCCGACGAGUACGACCACCUGCUGCGGAGUCCCAACGUCCGAAACGUCACUACGCAGCUAGGACAGACCAUGUACCUGCACUGCGUCGUCGACUCGGCUUCGGACCGAAUGAAGGCGCACCGACAAAUAGUGUCGUGGAUCCGACUGCGUGACUUUCAUCUGCUGACCGUGGGCCUGACGCGUUACACGUCGGACGAGCGGUUCCAGACGGUGCACAUGCAGUUCUCCAACAACUGGGCGCUGCAAAUACGCGACGCACAGCUCAGGGACGCCGGCCUUUACGAGUGCUUGGUCAACUCGGACCCGCCCCUUCGGCAGGUCGUCUCGCUGCGCGUCGUCGUGCCCAAGGCGCACAUCCUAGGCGGACCGGACUUGCACGUCGAGGCCGGCUCGGCGCUGAACCUGACGUGCAGCAUAAGCGAGAGUCCCGAAGCUCCGGCGUUCGUGUUCUGGUACCACCAGUCACGCCUGAUCAACUUCGAGCGCGGCGGCCGCGUGAGCGUCGCCAAGGGCCCCAACGGCACGGCCGUGUCGCGCCUCCUGCUGCCAGCCGUGGACGCCGCGGACUCGGGCAACUACACCUGCAAGCCGGCCAACGCCAACGCCACCUGGGUGCUCGUGCACGUGCUCGAGAGCCACCGGCGGCUGGCCGCCGUGCAGAACGACGCCGGCGGCAUGGCGCUCACGGCGGCCGCAACACCGCACUGCGCGGCGGCCUGCUCCCUGCUGCCGCUGCUCGUGUCGCUGCUGGUGCAGUGGCUGCUGGCCUGCGCCCACCACUGCGGUUCCAGGUGACCAGCAGCUGUGGACACGCGCACUCUGUAAAUAACGUGGGUCGCGGCAAAUCAUGCCCGGUUCCCGGUCAUCAACAGAUUCCAGUCCUUCUAGGAGACUGGAACCAAGGAUGAUUCUCCCCAGUCGAACCUGAAGCCAGGAGAGGAGGAUGAGUACCAAUAACAGUCACUGAACGGGUGGAAACCACUUGUGCGGACCAUGCAACGGUCAGCACCAAGUGCUUCUUGUGUUACCCGUGUCACUGGAAACGGACAUUGCGGUCACCGAGGCCGGCACCAUUGCAGCGGCGGCAGCAACGCUCCAUACCGAUGAAACCAUCGAGGAACGCUCUACAGAUGCUGCCGUUGUUAGCCGACUCCCGUCUCUCCGCCGGUGCGAUCUACCGACAAGCAUGGCCGCACUCUUCUCUUCAACCCCCUCGUUUGUGUGUGUGCGUGCGCGUGCGUUGUUUUACUUCGUUUCACGUUGUUCUCAUUUCGUUCGUAAGUAAGUGCGUACGCUUGUGUCCACGGGUGUUGUGAACGCGCACAAUCUUUCAGGCGCCAGCGCUUUUGCUUCCCGGUGACUCGGCCACCAUCGACCAUGUGGAACAGACGCCGGAACACCGGUAGAACUGCCGCUGGCUUCGAUCGUCGCGAGUUCGCCGGAGAGACGCAAGACGCACGUCGAGCACGGAGAGACUCCGCUGAACGUCCUCGCUUUGUACAUAUGUAGAGAUGACGACGAAUGUUUCUUGUUGCUGCCGCUCUCGAUCGCUCUGUUCUCGUGGGCUUAUUAUGUGUUUUGUUGACAGCUGCAAGUGAGAGCUGAUGUCCGCAGGAAGUAAUAGAGCGUAAGUUGUGCAGUCUAACGUUGUCCAGCGUGUAUUUGUGCCCGGCCGCGGUAUCCUCUGGCGUGUGCGGUGGUGCGCAUCAUUCCGUACCGUUCCGAAGGCGCCCGCGAUGUUUCCAUUGUUCGACAGUGCUUGCGUCAUAUUGCUUGGAGAUUUUCUUCGUCGGCAACAGAUGGUUGAGUCUGCACCCGUAGCUGAAGUGCGGUGCUACGUGCACAUACUAUAACGUUGGGUGUCAUUGCCACCAUCGUUUGAAAUUCUAGUGCUCUCUUUCUUUUUGCGUGCGCUGUCGUUGGAGGAAAGACUCACCCUGCUGUUUCGGCGAGACACAUGUGAUACGGGAGAUGGCGUAAAAUUUAAUUCAAAUUCUGAUAAAGGACGCUCCAAGUUUCCGUUAGUACGGAACGCCAGAGUUGCAUUGUUGAGCGACGCGUUGCAGGCAAGCGUAAUAGCGAAAAGUCGUCGGCACUGAUGGCAGUUACUAUGCGAUACAUGUCUCGCGCUAUGAUUAUUUUUGUUAACGAUAUAUUACUUGGCUAGAGACAUGAUCAAAGCUGCGUCACCGCUUUCUGCAAGUAUGCCGGAGGAGUGUAAGCUUCGCAGGACGCAGUAUUAUCUGAGGAUGAUGGAGCGGUGUUUUGAUAUUAUUACUACCUCGUUAUCACGGAUAUGAGUUGAAGGGCAGCUGGUAAGGUAUCGGCCAGAAAAUGGUCGUAUUUGGCUGCCAAGCGUCGUUUCCGUGCUAACACACUUAUGCCUAAUAUUGCAGUCCCCGUGGCGACUUAUAGGUAAAAAACAAGAAUAAAUAAAAAAAAGAAUACGAGCAGUUUGUUUCAGGGGACAGUACGGAUGAAUUCUCAUUGGAUGGUACUGACUUCAUUUUUAACACACUAGGAGUCCUUUUCUUGACACGCUACACAAUUUGACCCGAAUGUGCAGCGAACGAAUCCUUACUAGUCCAGUCAUUGUAAGGGACUCUGACGUGAUCCCUUCCAAAAGAGAAACAUUUUGUGCGAAAAAAUAUUGCAGCAGGGUAAACGACGCUCGGUAUCUCUAGGUAUUUGGUAUUAUUGAAGAUGUGCUGCUUCACACUUGCGCAGUAGAUAUUGUCGUGGUCGGAGGCGUGCUACGAUGUUAAAUGAAGUUAAUCGAUUUUAGUUCUGGCUCUCAGUUAGAGCACCUUCGUACGUCAUCCCAGCCACUGAAAGAACACUGUUUUUUGAUGAAAUGGACGUGAAGUGCUGUCAUGGGUCACUUAUUAGUUGUAUUUCGCGUUAUUUGCGGAGCACGUUAUACGGCUCCGAAGCGUGCACGAAGCCAAGCAUAUUGAUUUUACUUUGACACUCGAUGAAUUUUACUUGGUACGUGUCUACGGUUCCAUUUUCUAAUGUGGUGCGCCUGUCAGCAAGGCAAUACUUGUUUUCAGGCUAUUCAUGCCAGUGCCAGAAUGAUAAUGUGUGUGUGUGUUUUUUGUUUCCAGGAGCAUUACUUCAGUCGCGUAUUUCGUAAUGGUUGUGCGUCGUAGCCGCUACACUUUCAGUGCACAAGGUUUGCCGUGAAGGCUACGUGUAAGCGAAAGGAAGGUGCGGUGUUAUUAAGUCAGGCUGCGCCAGGGAGCUUCGGAAACGCAGCUUUAUAAACGAAAUAACUGAAAGUUCAAACGGUUUCUAGCUCUGCGUGUAUUACGCCUAGAAGGAGCGUUAUGGAGCAAAACAGUUCAAAUUGGCUUGCUGUCUCUUAGUGGCCCACUUAUAAAGCAUUUUGAUUUAAGGUGUGAUUAAAUUUUACUAUAAUUAUUUUCGUUUAUGUACCGAAAGCUUUCACAGUGGUCAAUCAAUGUGGUGGAGUGCUUGCGUAAAAAUAACGUAUUAAAGAAAGUUGUGUUUAGUGUUCUCAAACUUCGCAGUCUGUUAUGACAGACGCCGUACAUUGGAGAGCGCAGAUUGAAUUCGACCACAUAAGGUUUUUUUUAAUAUGUUCAGCGAGAGCGCGAUAAAAAAGAUAUAUUCCGCAAUAAACUCGUAUAACUCCUUUCUUAACCGGUUCGUGUCAUGUAACUUCAGCAGUCGCACCCUCGACGCAGUUACGCGUUUGCGUCUUGUUAAUAAAAAAAAUAUAGUCGGGAUUAUCAACAUCCUUAGCUUCUUUACUGAUUCUUCAGUAGAGUUAUCGAGCGCACUCUGUCAGUAACUGUCUGGAAGUACAUUUCCGCGAGAAUUGGUCGUAGGCUUUUAUUGGGAUCAGAGCUGGCUCUUUGAACAAGACGGUUGUGAAAGCAGAACAAAAAGAGCACUGCGACGAGCGUCGAAGUACGUCAGAACUGAACUUUCGAAUGAAAUCGAGAUAAACGCAUCUUUUAAAGUGGCACCUGUUAAUCUGCGCCUGUGUCGCAAUGCAGUGAAGAAUGAUUAUCAGUGAAAGGAAAAUGUGGGAGAGAAGCCACUAAAACCGCGAAUGACGGAGCGCGGCUCCCAUGCUCGAUAAUCACACGACACUAGUUUAUUAUUAUUAUUAUUAUUAUUAUUAUUAUUAUUAUUAUUAUUAUUAUUAUUAUUAUUAUUAUUAUUAUUAUUAUUAUUGUCAUUGUCAUUUUCGACCGAGGUGUACGUUUGUGUCAUCUCUAUAUAUAGGCGCUUCCGUGCCAAAGCUAUGGGGCUUCUUAAUUAGACAAUUUUGCAGACCACUGCGCCUGGAGGGACCUGGUUAGAGUAACCUGGUUAGGGCACCUGUGAAACGUCAAACACGUCGGCACCGCUACAUUGCUGUUUAAGCAUUGCUUGAGCAUUACCGUGCUUUGCGCAAGGCCGUUGGAAGUCAUCUGCCAUUAAGAGGCCAAAGAUUUGGCGCGACAAUGCCUCCGUAAAAUUGCAUUUGCUCUAGGGAGAUAUGGUGCGGUACACCAGAAGCGUGCCUGCUUUUGCCGCCGCGUAGCACAUGACAACAAACCUUGUGCACUGAGUGGUGUGUCGGUAAUGUACGGGUAAGUCAGCGACGUUCGGGUCAUGGUUUCUAGUCCGCAAUUUGUUCUUUGUUUAAUUCUUUUUUUUUUCGUUAACCGUUCGUCUCCGCCUCUUUCUGCUAGCCAGAAGGUGUGUUGGUCGUCAACUGGGUUGCCGAAAAUUGUAGUCCGUGUUUGAGUCAGGGCGUUUGUUCCUAGUGCCGUCUUCUCUAAGUCCGUCGUAGUCCGUUGUUGUUAUUUUUUUUCGUCUUUCGUUUACAUUUUAUCUUUCCAUUCUUCGAAUAUUUUUGCGGGUCACUUAAGCUAGUCCAUAUAUUUUUUUUUUUUAGAUUUCCGAUGUGGUCUGCAAUAUCGUUACCGAAGUGACGCAAUUUUCAGUUUUAAACCACAUUUUGGUAGAGGCAAACUUUCUGAGCUCGCUAAAAGGUUCUGGAGGUUCACGGUGAUUCGAAAUAGACACACUGAUAGCUACGGCUAUGCAUUUUUAGUACCACGUUCUUCCUUGCCGAAGAAACAUUUCAAGAAGGAUGAACGUCGUUACCGUUUUACGUGUUCUGCAUCUCUACUUCGCAUCUACUUAGCCUUUCGUUCCUACUUCACGUUCGAGUUUUGUGUUUGUCUCGAGUUUUUCAUUGGAUCACUAUUUAUAAAACAUUUUACUUCGCUCGCGCUCUUGAAACAUUGUCACCUGCUGUGCGGGAGCGCAGGUCAGACGUGAAGCUCAUUAAAGGGACACUAAAGGCCAACAACUGAGUUCAAACGGUUAAAUUAUUUCUUGAAACCUCAUUUUUUAGUCACAUGACAAAAAUUGUUGAUGAAGCUGCAGAUAACGAAGGCCGAACUUACGGCUUUAUUCAGUUUCGCGCCAGUUUAGCGCCGAUGUGUCAACGUGACGUCACGGAUUUCAACUAUGUUCGCGUAUUCUAGCCGGCUUUGGAGCUGUACAUGUUCUCAAAACUACUAGGUUGAAUGCUUGCUUCUUUUAGAAUGCACUGUAGUCUGCCUUUACUGAUAAUCAGUUGUUCCGUGGAGGCGCUGCCAAAUUCAUGACGUCACAAGGAGCUGGUGCGGGAACUUCACGGCAGAGUCGCUACCCGUCUUACGUUUUUGCGUUGUUUCCCGGUUAUCUGUAGCAGGCUCUUCAGUAGGCAGCUUUGCUAUUCUGUCGCAGUUAAAAAACAAUCGAGGUCACGCCUCAAGGCAAGAGUAAUUUACCUAUACCUUAUAACUUAUUUUUACUCAUUAGUGUCCCUAUAAGGAAUCUCACGUGAUAACCUGCUCUCAUAUAUUAUGUGUUCACUUUUUCCAUGACGCGGGCCACAUGCUUGCUCAUUGUUUUGAACCAACUCUUGUAGCUUUUGGUGGUGACAAAAACAAACCCAAAGCGAUCUUAAGUUGAUUGUUGAAUUAACUAUAUUUCGUCUUUCGAAAAUUGCAACGUGCACCUGCCAGCAUUAUCUGAUGUCAAGCGUGGCCCGGGUACCACAGCUGUCACCCUGAUGCAUCAAAUAUUGCUUAUAUUUGUCAAAUGUUGAAAAAAAUUAGCUACUUAUAAAAUAAAAAAAACGCUGUCGUAAUCAAGCGCGUGCUUAUAACACGAGCUGUUACAGACAAAAGAAGCACGUGGUUUUUCUAAAGGUAUUACGUGCUGGAAAUGGGGACGCAUGAUGUGCAACAUGCGAUUAUUAAGACGAUGUCGAUUGGCCACAGGUGAGCACCACAACUUGGUUAUUUGACGCAGAAGUUAGUGAAAGGUAUCUGCAGUGCACCAGCUGUGUGAGCUGUCGAAGCUGACCAAAAAAUGCAACCCUCGCUUGUGAUUCGUGUAUUGCGGUGAUGGAAGUAGAGACAGCCCUGACCAGCAAUAUUGUGUAACUCGUCUAGUAUUUACCUGCGAUUUCGAGCGCCGCUGAAGUAUGGCAUCUUUCCGUUUCUCUGCCGGGUCCACUCGGACAGACCCUGUCGUGGGUGCCACCUCACGGCACGACGUGUGGACGCCGAUAACGGUACCCGCUGAUCAAUCGACCACUGGGCUUCUUCGAUUGCCCUUCCCCGGGAGUCCCGAACUGCACGAGGCGGUGCUUUCAGCCAGUGAGCGUCGCAUAUGCACUGUCUCGAGCAGUCCUGGACAGUCUGGCAAGACAAAUCGGAUAGGCCCACUCCCCGUUGCUUUCCGCGAGGUGGCCCUAUCUCGGAGACCACGCCAUGCGUGAACUCUCCGCAUAGGCUGCCUCGUGGUGGCGCUCAGCACGGGUAUAUUUAGAGGAGUCACGUCAAACGAAGGAAGGGGGUGACGCUUGGUGUAGCAGCAGUCAAACAACUGACGCGCCACAUCAUAAACAAGUAAUCCAAAGACGUUGGCCCUUUUUGAGUAUUCUGUUCUUGCAGACGACUUUGUACCAAAAAGAAACAAAAAAAAAAAAAACACUAAGGAAUAUGCAGGAAGGGAUGUCGCGGCCUGUCAUUCAUGGUACUGGGAUUGCUAUUCGUAAGGGUUAAUUAUUUCCACCUAGGGUUCAUGUGGUGUCACCUGUCACAAAUUUUUAAUACUCACUUGUCUGGAACCGAACAAGAGGGCCACGACGUCAUGCAGUGGCCCACAUUCACGCACUCCCGUACUACGAUUACGGUCACGUUGUUUGUACAUAAGAAACAGGAAUGCGAAGCCGCGUGUGCUAAGCGGCAUUUGUGUAUAGUCGCCGUGCAAGAGGAGAGAAAUAAAUGUCUUAUCUGCAUUGAA